AGGAGCAUAACCUCUUGUUGUUAUUUUGGAAUAAGAAUUUAUAGGUUAUUUUUAUUGUGAAUGAAGCUAACAAUGAAUAAAUUUUCGAUUAUUGAACGUAAUGUGCGAUUUCAGCUGCGACGUACGAACACAAUUGCUGCAGGACAAAAGCAAUCACCGUCUGAAUAUUGUUUGCAGCUGGUUAGGAAGAGCGACUAUGAGAAUUUUCUGUGUACAUUAUUACUUCCACACAGUAUUAGAUCGGCGGCGUUUGCUAUACGCGCAUUUAAUGUUGAAGUAGCUCAAGUAGAGGAUCAAGUGAGCGAUGAUAAAAUAGGAGCUAUGCGACUGCAAUUUUGGACAGAUGCCCUGAAAAAUAUUUAUAACGAUCAUCCGCCAAGAAGCCCCGUAGCAUUGGAGUUACACCGGAUCCUUCAGCGACACAAGCUCUCUAAACGUUACUUCAAGCGCUUGAUUGAUGCUCGUUUAAAUAAGUUGAGUAGUUCGAUAUUUGUAGACUUAGAAUCGUUAGAACAAUAUUGCGAUUAUACCGCGUCAUCGAUCUAUUAUCUGCUGUUAGAGGCACAGGGUACGGCAAAUGUUGAUGCAGAUCACGCGGCCAGUCACUUUGGUAAAGCGCACGGUCUAGUCACAUUGAUACGUUCCGUCCCGUACAACGCUCGAAAACGAGUCAUGGUACUGCCACAAGAUGUUUUAUUGAAAAACAGCGUUUCCUCCGAAUCUGUUUUCCAGGGGCAGCCCAGUGCUGGAUUUAAAGACGCGAUAUUUGAAGUCGCGUCUUGCGCUAAGCAGCAUCUAAAAAUGGCGACGUCUCUUAAAAAGAAAGCGGGAAAAGAUCUCAACGUAAUAUUUCUGCCAGCGGUUUGCAUGGAAAAUUAUUUAGAGGAAUUAAGAAAAGUAGACUUUAAUGUUUUCCACUUAACACUACAAAGAAGAAGAGGCAUUCUUCCAUUACAAUUACUUUGGAAAAAGAUAUGGUCUUAGUUAUUAAAAACUUUAUAUUUAUUUAAGGUAAUGAAUAA